AUGGCUACUUAUCUAAAAUUAGUUCUGACCUUAGUCCUCCACUUCAAGAGGUUUGAAUUGGUCCUUGUCCUGUACCUCGAAAAUACACAUACAGAUGCCCUGUCCAAACUGUCCAAUAGUAAGGAUUCUGAGUUGCUAAGAAUCGUUCCAAUCGAGCGCCUACUGAAGCCCUCCAUCUCCGGAGGUGAAGAAGUAAUGUGGAUUGAAAGUACCCCACCUUGGAUGCAACUCAUUCUAGCCUAUCUCAAAGAUCAAUCACUACCACCCUCAAAGAACGAACCAAAGAAGUUGAGAAAAAGGGCUGCUCACUUCAUACUUCAAGAUGAUGUGUUGUAUAGAAGAGACUUCUCAUCACCCCUACUCCGAUGUGUUGGAAGAGAGGAGGCCAUGUACAUUCUAAAAGAAAUUCAUGAGGGAGUUUGCGUAACCACUUUGGUGGAACAGCCCUGCACACAAGCUAAACCUCUAGCCAAAAUCACUGAGGCAAACACAUCAAAGUUCGUUUGGAAGAACAUUAUUUAUAGGUUUGACAUUCCCCACUACUUAGUGACUGAUAACGGAAGGCAGUUCAAUAACAAGAAGAUGGUAGAUUUAUGUGACGAACUCAGUAUAAGGAGGAUUUCUCAACACCUCAUCAUCCCCAAGCAAAUGGGCAACGAGGCUGUCAACAAAAUCAUCAAGCACACUCUAAAAAGGAAGCUUGAUGUCUUAAAAGGAGCAUGGGUCGAUGAGCUACCCCAUGUCGUCUAG